AUGCCUGAGGAAAGUCCCGGUAAACCGGCAGAGAAAAAUAAUGACGUUUGGCAGCUUUUUAAAGAAGCUCAGCAGAAUAUUCUUUACUUAAACAAACAACGCCUUCUUGCUGUUGAGGAACUGAAUAAAGCAAACAGAGAGAAACAGUUGUUGCUGGAUAGAAUACAGCAAUUGGAGGCAGUAAAGAAGCCUACUACUACUGCAGAAUUAGACGUGCAAUCACUGUGCUGGGAAUUGCUGCUUCGGAUUGACUCAAUGGUCCUCGCUGGCAUGACUGACACUGCCGCGGCUUCUGAUUUGAGAAAAGCAGUCAUGGGUAACAAAUUUAGUGUUGCUCAUGCUUUUUGUGACAUGAGACAGAAAAGUGAUGCUGAGCUUCUGGCAGAACUCCAUCACUUCUCCGCUGGAAGCAGAAAGUAUGCAUGUCUGGACCUCACUGAAAUGCAUGGACUGCGAGAAAUUGAGGUGGAGUCAUAUUCAUAUUUUAAUGGUCAAUUGCAUGGAAACAGAAUUUGGACAGGAUUUACCUAUUUCUCUCGUGCUUCAUUGGAUUAUAUAGCAAAAUCUGGAAAGCAGCCUGAUGUGUUGCACAUACACAAUUGGGAGACUGCUAUUGUUGGACCACUCUUUUGGGAUAUUUUCGUUACACAGGGGCUUGGAGGUACCAGAGUGUUGUUGACAUGCCAUGACUUUGAUUCACAAUGCCUUGAGCAACCUGAUAAGCUAGCACUAUGCGGACUUGAUCCUGCUAGACUUCACCGUCCUGACCGUCUACAAGAUAACACUAAGACACAUCUUGUCAAUGUUCUGAAGGGUGGAGUUGUGUACUCUAAUAAAGUUGCAAUGGUGUCAUCCAUGUAUUCAAAAGGCAGGAUCAUUCGUAGUUUCAGUCAUGGAUUAGAACCUACCUUAGCCAUUCACAAGGACAAGUUGCUUGUUACUCCUUGUGGAUUUGACAACUCCACCUGGGAUCCUUCAAAGGACAAAUUUCUUCCAAAAAAUUAUAGUGCAGAUGACCUAGAGGGGAAACUCAUUUGCAAAGUUUCAUUGCAGCAGCACCUGGGGAGCAAUCAAAUUAAAGACCUCACCGACGGUCAAGGCAUUAGGAACUUGAUGAAGUGA